CUUCUCCGCCUACUCGCUGCUGAGGCUGCCGCCUCUCCCCGGAGCCCCGCCGGAGUGAUGGGCUGCAUCGGAUCCCGCACCGUGGGAAACGAGGUGAUUGCAGUAGACUGGAAGGGACUGAAGGAUGUGGACCAAAUCAAUAUGGACAGCACGAGUUCACUGCAUGGCAGCAGCUUCCAUCGACCUUCCACUGAGCAAACACGGACGGAUUUCUCCUGGGAUGGUAUCAAUCUCUCCAUGGAAGAUACGACCUCCAUCCUUCCCAAGCUGAAACGCAACUCCAAUGCUUAUGGGAUUGGGGCUUUGGCUAAAUCAUCUUUCUCUGGGAUAUCCCGCAGCAUGAAGGACCACGUGACGAAGCCGACGGCCAUGGGGCAGGGCCGCGUGGCGCACAUGAUCGAGUGGCAGGGCUGGGGCAAGGCGCACAGCCAGCAGCAGCAGCACACGCACGAGAGCGCGCGCAAGGACGCCGACGCCUACUCGGACCUCAGCGACGGCGAGAAGGAGGCCCGCUUCCUCGCAGGGGUGAUGGAGCAAUUCGCUAUUUCUGAAGCGACUCUCAUGGCCUGGUCCUCCAUGGAUGGUGAGGAUAUGAGUGUAAACUCAAAUCAGGACAACCCAGCAGGCAACUACUCUGAGAACUAUCAGGAGCUGAUGGAGAGCCAAGAGCACAUGGCCCAGACGCAGUAUGACAGCUGGCCUCACUCCUACGUCUCGCAGGGCAUGUACUGCUUAGGCUCCUCCGAUGCCUGGGAGGCCAGUGACCAGUCCCUCAUCGCCUCCCCAGCCACUGGCUCCUACCUAGGCCAGAAUUUUGAUGAGUCCCAGACAAACCUUCAGGAAAGCAUUUUGCUUCAGAGCAGCUUUCUCCAGCAGCAGCAGCAGCAGCUGCAGCAACAGCGGCAGGAGCAGAACUUCAUCCAGAGCACGGGGCUGGUCCACGUGUGGCCCCUGCAGACUGCUCAGGGCGGGGGUGGAGCUGAGUCCAGCACGUACAUGGAGGACCACAUUGAGGAUGAAGGGAACCCGAGGCUGGAGAAGGCUCCUCUCCUAAACAAGAAGCCCUCUCCAGAGGAGGAUGAUGCAGUGUGCCGGGACCUGGAAUCUUUGUCUCCUCGAGAGGAGAUGGAACAUGCUGCACUGAGCCGCAAAGUCUCAGAUGUCACCUCCUCUGGGGUGCAGUCCUUUGAUGAGGAAGAGGGAGAAACAAACAACUGAUGCUUUCUGUGAAGUACUCAUCAUUGCUGAACAAAGAGAGGGGUGGCAAGGAAUGCAAUUACAGGGAUUCUUCUCUCCAGCUCCCCAUAUUUCCAAGCAGACACACCUUCCAUUCCUGACAUUUAAUUAUUUUUUUAAAUGAGGAAAAUCUCAAAGUGAUUGACACAUAAAAACCUUUUCUUCCCCUCCCCCAUGGAUACAUAUUUUGGAUUUUCAUUGCUCUGGGCAACAUGUGAUGUGCUUGGAGAGAUCUGGAUUGGUAAAUAAUUUCUAAGUCUUUUUAAUACAAAGUCUUGGCUGUGGAUACAAACUCUUCUGGUACUGGGGAUGUGGCUGAUGAGACAGGUUUGGUGUAGGGAGCAGCUUUGUGGCUAGAAUUCAUCUUGGCAGAAUGGACGUUGCUCUGUGGACAUGGCCCCUUUCUAUGUCGUAGAAUAUAUGAAUAUAAAUUGGUUUUAAAUGAAGCUGUGGCUUUGCAGAUCUAGAUUGCACUAGUGUUGGGAUUGUGGCUGAUGCAGAGGAUCAGGCCAUGAAGGAUGUGCUGUGCAACCAGGUCCUCAGUAGCACCUUGGUACAAGCUGUAGACUUGAUGGGCAUGAGCUGUGCUCCCAGAGCCUGGGCUGUGCUGCCAGAGUGGCUCUGUGGGCACGGCUCUGCUGUGGCAUGGAGAAAUGGGUGCAGAUACAAACCUAACCCUGCUCUCAGAUAUUCAUGCUUCGGUCUCUUCCAUUUGUUUGUUUCUCUCUUUGACAUUUCUGCCUUCCCAGGAGCUGGCAAGAGCGGUGUGUCCUUUUGGCAGUGGGCACUGGAAGCCAGUGGAAAGGACAUUUUCAGCUACAGAGACAGUCAUAAAAAGCUGACUCUUGCAGGGGGCUUGAGGACAUGCCCAUUUUGGUGCUGCUGCUGUGUCUUUCUGUCUUUUCCUUGCCAGCAGAAUGGGGAGACCCAGAGAGUAGGCAGCAGGUCCAGGGACAGUGCGUACAGCUAUGAGAUCACAGAUACCUAGUUUACAUUAGAGUUUUCAGUUUUUGCACUUUUUUUUAACCUUUUUAUAUUCUGGAUAAGUGUUCAUAACAAAGCAGUUAGUAAUGGGAAAGGCCUGUGCUUCAGUCAUGACUUAACAGAAAUACUGCACCUCUCCCAUUUCUGCCACUCCUGCAGUGCCAAAUAUAGCUGGAUGAAAAGGGGUGAGAGGAAAUGUCUCCUCCUAUUUGUCUUCUUCUUCCUGCCUAUGUUUUCUUCUUUUGUUUUCCUACCCCCAAGCAGUGUAAAUAAUGCUCAAUACUUGGUCUGUUUGUUUUUCCUUCCCAUCUCUUUUUUAGGUGUGGAGAAAGCUGAUUUCAGGAGUUUCCCGUAUUUGUACGGGGUAUAUAUUUUUUGUUUUAAAAAAAACAUGAUUCUCUGAUUAGGGGGAAUUUGGUCUCUUGCAAUUCCUCGCCAUUUUUUCACAGACCUCCUUUUGGGAGGGAGAGGUUUUGAAAGGAAAUUGUUUCACUUUCAGCUCUCACCAGAAAAUAAACAGGGACAACAAAAGCAAAAAUUGUAUAAGGUUAUUGAUUUUGCUGGAGGACUGAAGAGAACCAGCAGAGAUUACCCAAGUGCUGAGUUUUAAUUGCAAGACCUCUUGCAAGGAAGCAUCAGCAGAGCAUGGGUGUAGAUCAGAUGCUGGAUCUGAUGAGCUAUAGAAAGGAAUUUGCCUGGACACUGCCAUACUGUUCCAGGAGCAACUCUUUUCUCACUUACUCUGACUCAUAUUUGCUCUGUUUAAUUCAUGAUACAUUUGUAUCUUCUUUGCCUCCUCUUCAGGCUUGGUGUGUUUUUUGGAUGACAGGAGAGUGAUACAUGCUUCUUUCCUGCUUCAGGUUCAGUUCCUGCAUAUUUUCAGGGAAGAAUGUCUAAGGUGAACAAAAUGUCACUGGAGGAAUAUCAUCAAGUCUCAGAGUUUAGACAGCUCCUGGCAAGCAAAGCAAAUGAUGUCCAGGAAUUGUGAAAAGUAGGAAUGGCACUCUCAGGAAGAACUUCACCCCGAUCAGCUGUUUCCCACUGACACAGGCAGCUGCAAAAAGAGGGACUCCUUUUUCAAUACCCAGGUCUUUCCAGCCAAGUCCACUUCAAGCAGAUCUGUCUUCCCUCUCCACUGCACCUCUAAAGGAAAGACCUCUGGGAUGUUUAAGUUACACUGGUAAUUUGAUGUAGGUAAGAGAGAAAAGUUAUUGUGACCCAUCUUUUUUUAUGUGUUUCCUUGGUCUUGCUUCUGUAUUUCUAAGGAGGUCGCUCUUCUCCUGAGUGAUGAGCUUUCAAUAUCUCUUCAAAGAUAUUUACACAUUCAGGUACUAACCUCCCCUGGGCAGCAAGGCUUGAUAAAAAUGAUCUCCUAUAGUUCUUGCAGGGCCAUUGGAAGCUCAUUGUCCUGAACUGGCUUGGGUCCAGCUGUGGCGCAGGGCCUGGGAGAUCACACUAGCCAGAAAAGGCAGAUGGGGCAAGUGCCAAGAGCACUUCAGCAGAUGAGUAAAUGAGUAAGUUUAAAGCUAUUUCUCUUUUAAAAGGUCUUUAGGGAAACAAAAAUGGUUGGGUGUGUACCUUUGUGGGAGAUUUGGGUGGCUUGUUUGUUUCUUUCUCCAAACCAUUUUGUUCCCAUGUGCCUCUCCAGGACCAAUCUGGAUGUUUACAGUAACUUUCAGAGUAGCUUCUGAUCAUCCCUUUGUGUUGUUUACAGGACUGGGACAAGUGGGUCAACUUGUCCAGGCUUCUUUUUCUUUAAGAUGGACAUGUGGUACAUUUACUAAGAUGUCUGAUUGAUGUCUAAAAGAUAGACCUUAUCUCCAUGGAAAGCAGUGACAGUGAGUUAUCUACAUAAGGAAAAGUGUGAAAAAAAUUGACCAUAUAGAAAAUUCUGUGGAGUCCAACAGAAGAGAAGAGAAAAUCUGUAGGUUCUUCUUGCCUCUGUGGAAUUGGGAUAAAGAGUUAUACCCUACUUUAUAGUACCAUAACCUGCUGUCUUAGAAACCUGUAGAGAGCCUCAUUCUCUGUGAAUGCAGACUGGUUUGAAAACCACUCUCUAUAAAAACCUUCCAGCUUACUAAAUUCUGUAUUUUUUUUCAUAAAUGACUUAACAUUCUGUGAACAAUAAAAUUUCAGCCUUUUCCUGAAAGAAAGAAAAAGGCUAUUUUCCAUACCUCUCCACAGUCCAAAAGAGCUAAUUGCUAGGAGUCUGACUAGAGAGAGCAGAUCUUCCAGUUCACACUUGCCACCCGAGUGAGCAGCCUGAGCUGAACUGGAAAGGCAGUUUGAAUCUCUUUGAAAGUGGAAAAUUGUUUGUGUAAUCUGGUCCUUUCUUACAUAACAGGCCUGCUGCCUGUGUGUAUCCAAUACCAGAGAGAGAGACCUGGAACCUCCUGUACAUUUCCCAGAAAAGCUGUUAUUAUAUAGAUAUACACCUAUUCAAGCAUAUGGGAGGCACAGGUGCUCUGUGAGCGAAAUUUGGCCUGCAGUCCCUUUAUCCUGGUGAGGAGGGAUGAGUUGGAGAGAGUCCAGCCAAACAGUCAGAGCCCAAAUUGUGUUUGUGAGGCUGUAAAUAAGAAGGAAAGGUGAGCUCAGUAUCCCUGAUCUGCAGUUACUAAGAAACUGAGCUCUGCUGUUUGAUGCCACAAACAUAUUAUGAAGCAAAGCUGCACUACAGAAAAUUUUGGGUAUUCUUGAAGUAGUGGAGAUAGAAGAUUCCCAUCUUUCCUCCAAGCCUUUGUCUUCAGCAGGAACUUGUUGAAAUUACUGUGCUAAACAUGAAAUAAGGCUUAACCAGAAGUGACCCUAAUUUAAAAUAUCCUACUGGAAGAAAAUUCUCUCUUGUUCCUUCUGCCAUGAUUGCUCAUACCUGAUUAGUUAUACUCUUUCAUGAGCUUUUCUUUUAUAUAAAUCUGAAGCUUUCUUUACAAGCCCUCUGGGUUCUCUUCAAUUUCAUUACCUCAGGCUCUGGGACAGAGAAGUUUAACUGCUUCUUUCAGUUUCUGUGCCUCUAAAUCAUCAUCCUCUUUUGGAGAGCUGCUGACAAGUCAUCCACUUGCUUUUUCCCCUUAAAAAAUGGUAACAUCACCUUUCAGGACAGGCUUGCUGCAGAGAACAAGUUUAGCCAUGCUUCUAAGCUGAUCCAGUGGUGAGCUGCUUUGAAGGAAGGGGAGCUCUGCUCUGACCAUGCUCACCUCCCCCAGCCCUUGGGCAAGUGCUGAUGCACAGCUGGCCCACACCAAGCCAGGGACUUUUAGCCUGCUAUAAAAGUGAAGAUGGAGGAGCUGUGAGCAGAGGGAGAGAGAGUGCUGUUCUCAGCAGCUGGCCUUCCUUUAUGUCAGGUUGGAGAAACUGGGAAAAGCACUUUGAAAUGGCAUCUUCACGAUGAGUCUAAGCUGCUCAAAGGAGCUGUCCUGCCUCCUCUCUUCCACCACCACCACCAGCUCUGUACUUCUACUGCCUAAAAAGCACCAGCACUAACACUCAUUUGGCUGCUCAGGAACUGGCCCCAUUGAAAACUAACCCAGUCCCCUACCUAAAUAAAGGUUUCAGUGAGGUGAACUCUUCAUAUUGCUUCUCUUGGUGAGGCAGGCAUCACUGAGGGCUGCUAAAUGUGUAGAUGGUUAUGUGGAAAACUGGUUGCAGAUGCAACUUGAAUUGGUUUAAGCUGAUUGUGAUAUGUCUGUCUGAAAAGAAUAAGGGUACCAAGAAGGAUAUUUUUCACCAUUUUCUUCCUUCGUGUUUUCCUUGGAAUUUUUAGUAUGAUCUUACUUGAUUUGGUCUUUGUUAUUUAUGCCCUGUUGUUUCCCUCACUGUUCCCUUCCACAGGCUCCUUUGAGGUAAACCCUGGAAACUGGGCAGGAGGACAUGAGUAACUUGAUAUAUGCAUGAAAUUAAUAAAAUUAACAUGCACAAAUCGUGUAUGCACUCAGUGAUCAAACUCCAUGGCAGCUAAAGAUACUGACAAGUCUUAUCCUGUAAUUGCAAGAGGGGAGACUUGUUUAAGAGUGAAGCAUAGCUGUUGGAAGGGAUAUUUAUCCCUAUUUUCAGGCCAGUUCCAGUCCAAUGUGAGAUACAGAAGAGUACUUCACACCUAGGCAGAGCCUGUGCCUGCUGUACUGUGUGCAGCAGCAAUGACAAAUGUUCAGUGUAGCCCUGGAGAACUGGAGAAGGAAAGUCAUCUCUCUGUUUGACAGAGGUAGGAGGUGUUGUGGUGAGGCAAGGUUGUGUGCAACAGCACAGGCCUGUGCACCACUCUGUGUGGCAGGGAGGGAAAGGCUUGGAAGAAGGUCCAGAAAAGCCUGAUGUCUUUUGUUUACACAACACAGGUAAGAAGCUUCAUGGCAAACUCCCAGCGGAGUGGACUGAGGUACAGAAUUGCUAAACAAGCUGUAAGUCCAGGAUUGUUGCAGUUUAUGGUACUCCUUAGUCCAAAUCACACUUUUUUUUUGAGACAGUGAUAGGAAAGAGACCUCCCUGGGUUUGGGUACCUGCUAGCUACUUCUUCGUUGUCUUCAAAAAAAAAACCUCACAGUGUGUUUUGUUCUUCAGGGAAAUCGUAUGAGAAAUACACAAAAUAAGAACUUACUCCUUGCCCAAAUGAAGUUAGUGUGAGUUCUGAUCUCACUGGAAAGCCAAAACACCUAAAUUCAGCUUAGUUUGCCUUAACUGUUGUAUUGAUAAUUGCCUAAAAGGAGAAGCAAACUCAGAUAACCUGCCUCUAAGUGCUAUAAAAAGCAGAGCAACGUUGGCAAAGUCUAAGCUCUUCCUUCUAAUUUCUCCCAGGUGGAUUUUCCAGUGUUCCUUGUUCAGACAACUCUGGCAUAUCUUUUAAACAAGCUGUUUGACUUUUUCUAAAAGAAAAAAAGAAAAGAAAAGAAAGAAAAAAAAUUAAUUCCAAUACAGAGAUUAUCAGCAGCUUACAGCUAGAAAAAUGUAAAUAAGUAAUACUUUCAUCUUUGAUUUUCCUCCCCUGUAGCAAUCUGACAGGGAAAGAUUUCUAUGCCAUGGCUCAGGGAAAGGAAAAAUAAACAGGGAAAAUGUGAGUAAAAUGGUGCCUAUUAGAACUAAAUGUAUGUGUAGGACAGCCUACAGUCAUUAAAGCACAGUCUCAAAUACGGUUGCAAGCUGUAAAGUCAGUGUCAGGUGCCUCUUUUGUACCAUGGGCUUUUCCCAGGCUGAGUAGUAGCGAACCUGUGCAUGAGCAGAAGAGCUGCACUUCUGUGCCAGAUCAGUGUCUCUGUGUCUCAGAGUAUGUCCUGGAGCCUGGGGACACCGUGCUCCCUGGGCAGCACAGCCAGUUCCGUGGAAUGACUGGGAUAAGGGUGAGGGUUACCAUGUUAACAAAUGGAUGUGGAAGAUCUGCGCUUGCAACAUCAGGGUCUAUUUACAUCCUUGCACUGACAUUUUCCCCAGCAUAGGCAGACCAAAGUGUUAUUUUUUUCCUUGAAAAUGAAGAGAAGGUCUAUGAUUGUCAUUGUUGGUCUGCACAAAAGAAAAGAAAUAUGUGCUGUAUUUUUCCAGUGCAGAUACACGUUGUUGGAAGAGGAAACCAGUGCAGAUACCACAGAAUCGCAGAAUGGUUGAAAGGGACCAUCAAGUCCAACCCCUCUGCCAUGGACAGGACCUACCCACUGAUGUGUAGUAGAUGCUGUCUUUUGGGAAGAGAGGGGUUGCAGUGUUCUGUGGAAAGAAUGCUCCUGCUAGGAUCUUCCUCAUCUCCUUCAGCCGGGGACAUUUUAAAUGCCCUCUGAAACCUAGUCUUGUUUUUGCUUUCCCAUAAGGGAUCAAAUGUCCAUGCUUGCAAGACAAAAACAUCUAAAAAGGCUUUUCUCCAUUAUGGAAACAAGAUUGUGCAUCAAGAUUUGCUUCUAAUAAGAUAAAGGCAUGUAGUCCAGAUUCAUUGGCCUUCUGGAUUCAUUUUCAUUUGGCAUGGAAAUCCAGUCAUGAGUGGAUUGGAGGCCACAAGGUUAAGAAUCCUCUUCCAGAGCUCUGCCAUGUUCCCAUAAGGCAAGUGUAGGUGGAUUUCCCUUCUUUUCAGAUACUGCAUGCUUCAGCAACGUAGCAAGCCAAAAGCUCUUUUGCAGGUAUAUAUUCUUGUUUGGCUUUAAUUUUUCUUCUCUGAUUUGUGGAUGUUGUGCAUGAUUGGAGGUCUCUGGGAAUCCCUACACUAUAAAACUGGAACUCAAAAGUAAUUUUACAGGGAACAGGAUUCCUCUUGUUUCAGCUCUUUUCAGACGUGGGUGGGUACAGGCAGAGGAUUGGGAGGUACAAGGGUGGUGGAUGGGAGUCUCAAGGGUGGCGUGCAGAAUGGAUUCCUGAACCAUGUGUAAAAAUAACUAAAGGCUCAGGUCUGCAAAUGUUGUAUUCUCAGUAUCUGAAACUCCUUUAGCAUAAGUGUAUGGGACAAUGGAGGUUGCUGCAAAGCAGUUCUCAAGGGCUUCCCCCCAAGCCUGGAUGUGUUUUCUGUAGAGGGGAGGCUGCAUGGGGAUUGUCUGUAUCCUGUUCAGCUAGUGUUUACAGAGGUGCAUUGAUGUGUGGGGAGAAGGUACUGAAUGCAAGCAAAACAAAAAGGAAAAGGGACCCGCUACUGAAAGCUUUCAUCCUUACAUUGUCCCACACUAGCCCUUAAUAACUGAGUCUGAUUUGCCUUUGGUCUUCCAGCUCCAAAACAUGUUUGCCUGAAAAUUUUUGUUGGAUAUACUUCGCAUGUUUUGAUAAUGUGACUUACGAGAUAAACACUUCUACAGAGCUAUAUAUAAAUACAUCCAUGUGCAACCACCUGCAUACAUGUGCACACAUUACAUAUAGACUUAGAGAACUAUAUGGCACUGCACACCUCCAUGCCUGUACGUGGCAGCAACCACAGUAAAGGAGGGGAGGUAGCUCAAAAUAGCAUGUACAGUCCUUUAUGGAGUUGUUAUUAAACAGAAUGUGGUCUUGCC